AUGGUUGACGUGACUAAGAUCAAUUUGCAGAACUUGAGAAAUGAUGGAUGGGAUAUUCACAUGAGCAAAGUCACUUUGUUUGCGAUUAAAUAUGGCAUUGAGACUCCUGAUAUGGAGGAAAAGUAUGUUCUCCCUGGCAGAAGGAAGUUUCGUGGAAAUAGAUCACAAGUGACAAAUCUUCAUCAUUUUCGAGUUGAAGUUUUUCUAAGUGUCAUUGAUCUACAGUUACAAGAACUUGAAAAUAGGUUCAAUGAGGUAAGCAAAGAAUUACUUGUUUGUAUGUCUUCUUUCAAUCCCGCGAACCAGUUUUCCGCAUUUGACAUAGCAAAGUUGACACGACUAGCAGAAUUUUAUCCUACUGAAUUUUCAACUGUUGAACUUUCUUUUAUGGAGGAUUCACUUCAAAAUUUCAUUGUUGACAUUCGAAGUGAUGGAGAUUUUCAAUGUUGA